UAACUCACAGAGCGAGACAGAGGGCUGGACUGACUGGAACACAACGGGAGCUUGUGCUCUGCUGAGUUUUGGCGAUGAGAGUGAGACAGUCAGUCUAGACGCUCUUGACAGCCUCGUCUGGAGGAGAGACACUUCCCUCUGCGGCUCUGUCCCCGUCACGACGACACAUUACAAGCUUCUCCUAAGAUGAAACUCCAGCAUUCCUGAAGAAGGAUGACAACCCUGGCACAUUGGAUAGGACGGUGUCUAUGGGCAUCUGUGUCAGUCACAUGCCAAGCCUGAAAAGUGGAAAGAAAGACACGUCGUUCUAGAAGGCACGUUGAACACUUCCAAGCUCUAGGGUGAAACUUUGCACAGUUGGCCAUGGCUGCAUAUCCAUGGCUUGGAGGAUAGGAUCCCUUGUUUAGCAAGCAUUUUUUACCACAGUGAGUUUUUAAGUGGUCAUUUAGCAAAUCCAGCACUUCCUUUGGCCCAGAGGGUUUAUAGAGUAAUUGCCACACACAAGCUGAACCAGAGGAUCCAAAAUGGCGGUCACACAGCAACGCUCUUUCUACCGGACUGGUUAAAGCUGCAGUCAAAAGCAUUACUGCAAGGGCAGUAUGCAGGCAGCUGACUACCCAGCCACAAAUAAUAACACAGAGUGCAAGUUCCACUGCACCAAUGGCAGAUGUCUGAAACUUCUCUCGCUGAUUUGCAAUCAUCUGAAUGAAUGUGGAGACAACAGUGAUGAGGAACACUGUCCUGCUGCUGUACCUCCACCUCCAGACACCAUCCAGUCUGAACUGGAGUUUGUUCAGAUAAUAAUCAUAAUUGUGGUGAUGACUGUAAUGGUAGUUGUAAUCAUCUGUUUGCUGAACCACUAUCGGCUAUCGGCCUGGGCCUUCCUCACACGCCACAGCCAGGCCCGUCAACGAGAGGAGGGCAUGCAGCCGGACGGCUGUGCAUGGCCAACAGAUAGUUUGGUGACGCAACAAGGAGCCACUGAGGUGAUGUAUGGGCCACGGAGUGGAGAGCGCUUCAACCCACCUUCAUUUAUGCAAAGGGACCGAUUCAGCCGCUUCCAGCCCACCUACCCAUACCUGCAGCAGGACAUCCACUUGCCGCCCACUAUCUGCCUGUCAGAUGGCGAGGAGCUGCCGCCCUACAAGGGCCCCUGUACCCUGCAGCUCAGAGACCCCGAGCAGCAGCUCGAGCUGAGCCGUGCGUCCGUGCGCGCGCCCCCCAACCGGACCAUUUUCGACAGCGACCUGAUAGACGUUUACGUGCACGGAGGCGGCCCACAGCCCCCGAGCACCAACUCUGGCAAGAGUGCCUCGAACUCGCACGUGGAGGGGCCGCCGCCCACCUAUAGCGAGGUGAUGGGUCAGACGUACCCAGGCUCCGCCUCCUUCCUGCACCAGCACAGCAAUAACACACCACCCUCCAACCAGAGGACAGCCAGCCGCCCCGCCCAGCCUUGCGCAAGCACAACCCUGUUCGUCAAGGUCAAGGAUAGCCGGCGCGACAAACCCGUGUGACUAGGACACACCUGCAGAGGGCAGUAGAGAGCGUGUGCCGUCACCUGUGCUCUCUAGUACUUCCUCCUGGACCUAAAGGGGAGUGGCUUCACUGUUAGUACACUCCCCUUGCACAAUUUGAAUCGAAAAUUGAGGAACCAAGUAUACAAAGUUUAUUUUUUGUAUUUUUAUUUUUACUUUUUUGCUAGAACUUCGGGGCCUUGUAUGGAUGUUUGGGCUCCUCGGCUAAAUCUCUGUUUGUUUGGUUUUGUAUGCUUUCCUGUAUUUAAAGAACACGUGUGUUGGCACAGAUUGUUUGCGUGAGAGACCACAUAGGUCAUAGGAUUGAGACAUUUUCUAUUUGUUUGUGCAUUUCCAGGACUCGUGCACAAAAACUGUUCACAACUAAUCAAAAUUGAGUGCCAUGAAAAAAUCUUAAAUCUUGGGGAUGUGACUCACAACAACAACAACAAAGCUUUUAUGUUGCACUUAUUCUUUAAAGAGUAGAAACGCCUACCCUUAGUUACUUUUCAUAUGUCAAGCCACAUGGUUCCUGGUAUUUGUUUUCCUUCCUUUUCACGUUUCGUGUUUUCCUGAAAUGGAGAUGUAGAACUCUGAUCCAGCCUACCUGAACUGCAUCAUGGCACUUAUUUAAAAAAAAGAGGGGGUUUAACAAGCCGUUCAGAUUCCAGAUCACUUUUUUCCACCGACCAAGUGAGAGAUACUGGCAUGGAUAUCCGCGGAUGGAAGUCACGACACGCGCGCCACUUUCAUCCUGUCGAGUAGCACUUUAAACUUACGUCACUUCAGCAUUGUCAUGGGGUCCAAGUGCAAGGGAAUCAUGGGAACUGUAGUCUUAUGCACAUCCUGUCCCCUUCUGAGCGAGUGUGUUUGUUUUCCACUAAAAAAAGCAUGCGUAUUGUUUUUUUCCAGUUAUCAUACUAUACUUAAGUUCACGAUCGUAUAUGGAUCUCAUAUUUUAUCUUUUAUUCUCCUCUCCUGGAAUGCCGUUUUAUUCCGAGGCAGCACAGGAACACACUUUUACCUGAUAUUUGUCAUCAGUAUUUGUUCUCUUAUCAGUUCAAACGAAGCGUGUACCAAUCAUAACGAGGUACAUCCCUCUUUCUUCAUUUGAAGUCCGUAUUCAAUCACACACGUUUGGACUGCUUUCAGACAUGCAGAUAGUGUUUUUCAUCACCCCUGAGCUUUGUAAACCAUCAGUCUUUGGCCUUCCCUAGAAAGUCCCUUAGAAAACCUAUUUAUUAACUAGCUAUUUAUUAAAGUGACCAGUUCGAGAGGAUAUUUAGUCGAAGUGGGAGGCUUUUAUAUGAUCUUUUUUCCACUUAAAUAGCAGGACUCUCCUAUGGCCCAUCUGCUUCGGCUCUGAAACCUUGGCUUCCCGUCAUUGGCUCUGCUUCCCGUCACUCAUUCUGACCGCCGACUUUGAGUUCGUACUGUAUUGCUGCUGCCGCUGCUGCUACCGCUACCGCUGCUGCUGUUGUCCGUUCGGCUUGUAGGCCUAUGUCCGCUUCCCCAUUACUUUUUAUAUUCGCGUACCAACCGAGACAUAGAUGUUCGUGCUCUGUUUUGGUUUUCUUCGUUAACAUUAGCGCGUUUCCGCUGUCAUAGUCAUGCUAGGAAAACGAACCCAAAUGUAUUUUGUACGUUUGCAGCCGAGAGGUUUGCAUGUUACUAUUUACACGAGCAAAUUCGGUGCCUAACAGUCAUGUUUAAGCAGACAUAGAAACCCACUUGCACUCAAAAGUCCCCACCUUUGUUGUGCCUCACUUCCUAUGGUGCUUCUUUCAGUAGUCGGACUCUGUUUAUUUGUACGGUGCUGUAUAUAACUUGAAUAUAUUAUGCACAUAUCCUACCCAAUGGGUAGAAAACCACAAGAACGCAUUGUUAAUACUGUAAUAUAAUGUAUAGAUAAUAUUAAAAAGAAAACUUUAACAUGGUGGCAUCAAGUUUUGUGAAUGCCUUCAAUUGUGCUUUGUCUUUUUUGUAAAACAGAGUAAAGAGAAAUGCUACAGUAUGGUCACAGAAAUACAAAAAGACAAAUUAUAUUUUUGUUCCUAUACAGUAAAUGCAAAUCUGUUAUGUGAUGAAACAAAUAUUCUGAUUAUAAGGCAGUUAUAUAAAGGAUAACUAGAGCUCUGCUGCUUUUGUAACUUCCAGAGAAAGACUUAUAAAUGCCAGCGCUUGUCAUUUUAUUUAUUGAAGUUUAUUUUGUGACUGCUAGCUGUUGUGUAAUAAUAACCACGCAGAGUAAUAACUCAUUGCAACCAACGGAACGGAUUGUCGACUUUUGGGCUCUGACACUACACCGGGAAGAAGGUUUAGUGGUUCAUAUCACAUAGCAGCUCAGGGUGAGACACGCAUGAGACACAUCCGAUGGAAACGGUUAACAUUCUGUUGUUUUUAUGCACAUAAUCGAGUUGUGUGGUAUAUAAAAGAGCAUCAAAUGAGGAAAAUGCAGCCCAUAGCUGAUCGUUACUUGCAUGUUCAUGUUGUCAUUAUUUCCUCGGCAUAGCAGUCUGGUUCCGAGCUCUCCGCGCCGACAGGCUCCUUUCCAGAAACACACGCUUGAAUGAACGAAUCCGCGAGCGAGUGAAUGACUGCCUGAAGACUUCUGUGGGUGAGUUCAGCGUCUCGUUCCAUGGAUCUGGAAUUUCCCGCCAAUCCACAGCAACGUUCUCCAUCGGCCUCGAGCGAGAUCACAUCACGGGACUGUAUGACCUAUUGUGGACUACAAGCUUUUGUUGUUGUUUUUUACAAGGAGAAACGGUUCAGUGAAAGCGAGGAACGCUGCUGUCCUUACGCCUUUUGAUUUGAUUUCUAUUGUUCUAUUUAAUUGUGAUGUCAGCGGUUUUCAGUUUGAGGUCUGUUAAUUGCAAUACUUUUACAGGAAAAAGGUGACUUAAAAA